AUGCGGGAUUCGGAGGCCCAGAGAAGCGUCCAGCCCGGGACCCGGGCGUAUCCACCGCUGUCACCGAAGACGUUAGAGAACGUGAAUCGUGAGGAAGCAGCCAGUCCUGUGGGCUUAAGUCACAGAGACACAGAGAUGAGCACGGAGGAUAACCACACAGGUUGUGUUCCACUCAAAAAGCGGAAGGAACAAAUCCAAUUUAGAAGCUCCCCGAGCAAGAAGGAUUUACAGCCUCUGCAGAAACAAAGAAGUUUCCACCACCACAAGGACGCCAUUGCCCUUGUACCCACACCCACCUGCUUCACACUCGACCCCGAGCCCCUGGGGACUAGACCUGCCCUCACCCCUCUGUGUCACACCAAGAUCAUGGUGUCGGUCAGGUCUACGGUGUCAUUGCUCCGUGGCGAGUGGCCGGGAGUGCAGGCGCCCCCUGGCGUGGUGGCUGCAUAUUGCAUUCUGAUGACCUCAUUGCGAAUAAGGUCACACGGAGGCACUGGGGGUUCGGGCUCUAACAGACCUGUUUUUGCGGGGAAAUACCCCGUUCCCGCUGAGGAAAUCGACACCCAGGCACCAGGCGGUGGUGAGCCGGGCCGGAGUGUGAUCGCCCCUCUGGUGCAGAGCCGUGUCUGCCCUGGGCUCCCGCGGCCAGGGAGUAAAGAAAAUGCGAUUCGUGAGAAAAAGGAGGUUGCAGCGGCUGCACCAAUGGUAACGUGUGUUCAUCGCAGAGGGUGUGCCGAGUGGGGGAACCGCGAGGCACGGGGAGGCCCCGCCGCUGGGCCUGCGCGGCUGGAGGGACGGUGUCUCCCCAACGACACGAACCAAGGGCUGUUCUGGGGUUGGCAGCACCCCCUCCAGGCCGCACCCGCCGUCCGCUGCCUCGUCUCUGCCCACGCGUGGGUCGUUCUGACGGUCCCUUCCCCCGAAGGUCCAAGCCUCAUAGGGGCGUGAGGCCCUGCGGCUAGACCAGGGGGUGGCCUACGGGCCCCAGUCACAGCCCCGGCUUCACUGCCUGAGGGGACGGUCACCAUCUUUGUUUCCAAUUUGCUUUUCUCAGACCUCCAGAAACUCUAGGCGUUAAGAGGGUCUGUUUUCGCAGGUCUACUCUUGGCAGGAUUUAGAUGUGAUUCCAGAGGGGCCAAAGUUCCGUUCCAAGGAAAGGUGGAGACUAUUGUGCGGAACAGAGUUUCGGUGCACCGAUGAACACCGAGAGGACGCUUACAGAACGUCUGGCGAGUAGGGGCGCCCGGGGGCUCAGUCAGCGUCUGACCUUGGCUCAGGUCACGAUCUCACAGUUCAUGAGUU